AUGGAUAACACUCCUACAUUGAAUGUGCAGUACUCAAAGAAUAUUUCUAACAAAAUAUGCAUUCAAUUUGUUCAAUCGUACAGCAUUCAAUAUUUGACAUGUCCCGAAGAUAUCAAUGACUUCACAGACGGAUUGUAUCAAUGGUCUGUCACAUUAAAUGCUCGAAUGUGGCCACCUAUUGAGUCUGGCGCUCCAAAGCGAUUUCUAGGCUUACCAGAAAUUGUGUGGUGGGGAAUUCUAAGUGGUUGCCUAAUUGUCUUCUUCAUAUUAGUCUUUUUAACGUUUUUAUUUUGUUGGUUUCUACCACGUCGCCGUCAGAAGAAAUUUGAUUUAUCACAAAAUUCGGCUGUUACGCGUGAUUCAACUGGAUUAUCAACGGCAAAUAGUACCGGAGUUAUUUUUCCACAUUCAGCAAUCGGAGUGAAACCAUGGACAAAUCUUCUAACAAAUUCAUCGUCGGUUUGUAAUUCCGUACAAGCAUCCCAGUACAAUUCACCGCCAAUACAUUCACUAACAUCGUCUUCAAUGUAUCGCCAUCAAUAUAUGCUUAACUAUCAACAAUUUCCAUCGAGUUCAAGCUGUGGUGUUAAUAGUAAUGCAUCGAGCUUUGAUGAUUGUUCAUUUCAAAAUAUUCCCGAAACGCAUAAAUCGAUGUGGGUCCUGAAUCCUUUGUACGCUUCCACCAGUGCAUUUAGUGAAUGUGAGAACUAUCGAACACGAUCACUACCGGCAUGGGGACGAAUUAAACAACGACCAGUCACAACUGAUGAUAUAGCCAAUCUUUAUGUUAAGAUGAAUUUGAGCAAAAAAAGACGCAAUCGAAUGUGUCGAGAUGAGGCUGCAAUAAUAGCGCUUUGCAGAUCGAGAUCACAAAAUUUAUCUGGUAUACCAUUUGAACAUGAAGGUGUUGUUGUAUAUGAUGAACGUACAGAACUGUAAUCAGGGAUAACAAGAAUAAUUUACCUUCAAUUCGUCUCGUAAAGAAGAAACUUCGGUUCGCUAGCAUUUAAUACCUAAUGUGUCAUGCAUACUUUAUAUGACAUUGUGAUUUAAAUUUUUUUUCGAAGAGCACAAAAA